GUCAGUCAGUUCCACCUGAGACUCGGCCCAGGUACGACGCGUUUUUAGACCGUGAGUGCGUGCUCGCUGGUCGUUUGGCGUGUAAGACCAACGCGUGUGUGAAAGUCCUUUUACCCCGUAAGAAAUUGAAAAAAAAACGAGCGGAAAAAGUGAUUUGAAAAGUAGUUUGUACUAAGGGGUGUGACUAACUGUUGAGUUAGGGGAACCUUACAAGUUAAGCUCAGUGUUUUAUGCUUGUUUGAUCCAGUUUUGGUGUGAAUUUGAGGGGGGUUGCCAAAAGUUCAUAACAGAGGAAACGCAGAGUUGUAGAGCGAUUUUUGACUCCCCAAGAUCGUCUCUGACGGUGGCCUCCACAGGCGAAGCUAUGCAGCUUCACCGGAGAGUGCUUAUUUGAAUAAUUUAGUGCCCCCUGCUCUCCAGUAGAAGCUACAGCCGUACACCAAAAAGAGCAGCAAAUUACCGUCUCGAUUCGGUGGUCAGGCUGAGGAAUUCCACCCAACUGCAGAGUAGCAGCGAAAAAGUUUCGCAACGCAUCGCACCGAAAGCUGCAGCAGCUGCAAGCUCUGUUUGUAAGAUCAACACUUUUUCGGUAGAUCAACUAGAGAAGUAGAGCAGCAGGAGGAGAGCUUCAAGUUCGGACUGUGAUAUAGCACCGCUUUCUUUAAACCUCAAAGUUGACAACUCUUCAAGUCUGGAUAAAUUUUAGGUAGCGCACAGAGGGUGAACCACCUGGGAAGAUGACUGGGCGCGGAGCAAACGCUGCCUGGUCAGUGGCAGGGUCACUGCUGCUCCUGCUGGGUCUGGUCAGCCUGUGCAGUGGCCACGGACGCCUCAUAGAACCACCGAGUCGAGCGUCGGCCUGGAGGUACGGAUUCUCGACGCCACCGAACUACAACGACCACGAGCUGUACUGCGGCGGGUUCAACCGGCAGUGGCAGAAGAACGACGGCAAGUGCGGUGAAUGUGGGGACGCUUUCGACGUCCCGCGGCCACGACCUCACGAGUUUGGCGGCAAGUGGGGCCAGGGAGUGAUCGUGCGGCGGUACAAACCGGGAUCGGUCAUCACGUUGCGGGUCGAGCUGACCGCUAGCCAUAUGGGAUACUUUGAGUUCCGGAUGUGCGACAGCGUAAAGGCCCAGCAGGACUGUUUGGACAAGCAUCUGUUGAAGAUCAUCAGCGGCACGCCCAGCAUACCGAACCCGAGCGAUCUGGGCACGCGGUUCUAUCCCCGCAACGGCAGCCGCAUCUACGACAUGAAGGCCGAACUGCCUAAAGACUUACAAUGCACCAACUGCGUGAUCCAGUGGAAGUACAUUGCCGGCAACAACUGGGGCGUCUGCCCGGACGGGAACGGUGCCGUCGGAUGCGGCCCACAGGAGGAGUUCCGCGCCUGUGCGGACGUGUCCGUGGGCGAUACCAACGACAACCGCACGCCGCUGCGCCCAGGCCAACGGCCAUCCCCAACGCGAGUUCCACCGUCCAAACCCGAGUCCGGAACGGCGUCGAACGCGGACGAGUCCGAAGGCGAAGAGACCACCGAGGUUCCACCGGUCAAGUACAUGGGACCGCUGGUCUCGAUUCUGUCGCUUUUUCUGGUCCUAUGUGGAUUUGCUGCGCUCUAUAUUUACCACUAUCAUGGGCUUCGGAUAAAGGCACUGAUGCGUUGGAACCGGGACAAAAAUCAGAAGAACGCCAGCCACCACCUGGAGACGAGCUCGCAAAGUUCGGCGGAUUCUGUCAGCCUGCCACCGGUUCCACCGCCCCGGACCAAGCGCCUCUCGCAGCAGAUUCGUGACAUCGAGGCGGAAGAGUCGAGCAUCCUCACCGGAAGCACUAAAUCGCCCAAACUCACCAUUCCGGAUCUGGUCGACGCGAGCAGCAAAUCGGAACGGGCUCAGUGAUUCAAUCCCCAGAACGAAAUGUUUUGUUUUAUUUAUUUUAUAAUGUAUAGAUUAGCGAAAAUGCAAGCAACUAGUGGUGACUAGCGCCAACACUGACUGAUGAUAUCACACAAAAAUAAAACACGAAACAAAAAAAAAUGGUUGGAAAGACAGUAUUUGGUUCCGCAGAUUCACGCAGAGACACGUGCGAGUAAUACAAAAAUACUAUCGAAAAAAAAUGUGGCUCUUAGGCUUGGGUCGUCACGACACGUGAGGGCCAGAUCUAAGCAAAAUAAGCGAAAUAAAGUAAACGUGAUAGAGAGAAUAAAA